AUGCCGAUGUCUCUUUCACUAUUGCUAUCGCUACUAGCCCUAUCUAAUGCCGUGCAUUCUCAAGGCCAAGGUACCUGCUAUACGCCGCAAGGAGUUCCAACCGACGGACAACAAGCUUGCAACCCCUACCAGCAAGUCUCCUCGUGCUGCCCCUCAGGCACGACGUGUUUCUCGAAUCAACUAUGUAUUUUGACGGAUCCAGAGGAGGUCAGCGACACCCUGCCUCUUGGGGCUGUUCUGCGCGGAAGUUGUACUAAUCCACUAUGGAGCAACUCGAUCUGCGGAAGCUUUUGCCUAGGUAAUGGGGACAAUGGAUCUAUCACGUCUUGCGGGAAUCAGCAAUAUUGUUGUCAAUCGGGUAUUAGUGACGGGUCCUGCGAUUGCGAUACUGGCAAAGGCAUCUUCUCGUUAGCGGACGGGGUCGCGCAGACCAUCAUCGGCGUUAGCGGGCUCGAAGCUACGACAAUACCACCGGUUUCGCGAGCGUCUAGUAAGGCUAUCGCUUCCACUACCGCAAGCAGUGUUACCGCUACAUCUUCCUCUAAAAGCCCGACCACUUUAGCUUCAUCCACUCAACGCUCGUCCUCACAUGCCUCUCCUACGGCUACGGCUACCGCUACCGAGAGCUCUCCGUCACAAACCUCCCCAGCCGCAGCUCCCUCACUAGUCCAUACCACUCGCUUCAAGAUAGGCCUUGGGGUCGGACUCGGUGUGGGGAUUCCCAUUCUCAUAUCAAUUGGUAUCUUGAUCUGGUGGUGGCUUAGCCAUCAUAACAAACGCAACCCUCCGCCCAAUCGUAGCCCAUACGACACAAACUCCGAUACCCACCCAGACGAUCCUCGUUUGCCGAACGUUUCACAGCCAGACACCGCCCCAAAUCCCAACCCGUAUGACUUGGACGGCUCUGCGGUGGGUAGUUACCGAUCUCCGGUCGCUACUCCACCUCCGCAAGCGCGUCCUGGGCAGUCCCGCGACGUGCUCGGUACAGCGCCUACUAACAACCCAUACGAGAGCACCUACUCCCUGCGGUCACGUGCUGGUGAUACUGCUGCCAAUCCGUACCCGAAUCUUUAUGGGCCGCCUCAGCAUUUAGAGAGGGUAGGAGAGACGUCGGUGCCGCAAGGAGGGAUAGAGUUAAACCGAUAUGCAUGAUCUGGAAUGCAAGGAUCAUAUAUGGCUUUUGAUAAGGACAUAUCAUGGUGUUUGACGUAGUGGGAAUAUUCAAGGGCUCCCGUUGCCCGUACUAUUUCUUUCAAUGUCAAAUGAAUGUCGCUUUUCUGGCCCUCGGGGAUCACCUCACGCUUGCUUCACAGGGAUGCAUGUGGGCAAAAUCAGUCUAUCAUAUCAAUAUGAGAAGUCAUUUUCGGAG